AUGCCGCAGCCGAGGGGCAUCCUCCACACGCGGCGGGCCGAGGACAGCGACAGGCCCGGUGGCGAGGACGCUGUUGGGGACGGGGCGAGCGAGCGGGUGUCGGGGCACGCAAGGACCUCGGCUGGGUUUGCGGAGCGCGGCGGCUCCGAGAAGCGCGCAAAGCCCACGAAGCACGUGAGCUUCAAUGAACGCACCAUCCGGGACCCCGCGCCGACGAAGCAGGUGUCGUUUCGCGGGCCGGUCCUGGGAGCUCCCGCGGAGACGCAGCCCUCCGCGAGCCUCUCCUUUCGGUCCAGCUCGCCGACACACAGCCGCUACAGCAGCGACACGGGCGGCGACCGCGUCUCCAUGGGCGACGGCGACUCCGCGCACGACGACCAGCCCGUGGAGGUCAAGUGCGGCUUCCUCAAAUGCAGGCACGUGUACGAGAUCGAGGCGCUCGAGAUCGUGGACCUCCCGGCGUCCCGGCUCCCCUCGGCGGCCGCGGAGCCCCUCGGCAUCGCGGCACAGUACGUCUCGUGCACCGUUGAGCGCCGGGCCGCCCCGAUGGAGCCCGCGACCGGGAACACGCUGACGCGCGGCGGCAGCAACCGCCCCCUCCGCGUAUCGAACGACCUGCGGCGCGUCCGCCGCAGCGCGUUCUCUGGCGCGGGCGACGCGGCCCGCGACGGCGACGCGCUGCCGCCCGUGUUCCUGGUGGCGAGGAUCGCCGCGGAGGAGGUUGGGCCGUUCCGGUACGACGUGGAGGUGGAGGUGGGCCCGGAGGAUCCGUCGGGGGGGGCUGGCGGGCAGGACGACGGGGAUGAGGCGCGGCAAGCGAAACGGCUGAACGUGGCUCUGGUGGGGGUGGUGAUGGGGGAGGGGAAGGGCACGCCGCAGCCGCGCGCGUACGUGCGGUGCCUGGGCAAGUCCGCAGACUACGACACCGAGUGCUGA